AUGGACGACGAUGAUUAUCACAUAGACCCCGAGUUCCUCCGGAAGUUCAGCGACCAGUACGGCGACGUCGACCACCCGCUCUUCUGGGACGAGAUUCCACGUGACCCGGCGGGUAACGAGGACCUCGAGGCGCUGCAGCAGCUCCUGGCGGACGGCGAAACGAGGGAGUCUAUCGCGGAAAAGUACAAGGAAGUGGGAAACGGCUACGUGCAGCAGGGGGCGUACUACUACGACGCGGCGAUAUCCAGCUACACCAAGGGGAUAGACGCGCAGGGCAAGAACGAGAAGCUGAACGCGCAGCUCUACGUCAACAGGGCGCUGGUCCACCUAAAGAAAAGUACGGCGGCGGCAGCGUGCGUAACAGUGCUUGCAGGGGACUUCGUGAAGUGCGUCGAUGACUGCAGAAACGCCAUCAAGCGGGAUCCGACCAACGUGAAAGCGUACUACAGGGGCGCUGCGGCGGCGUACGAGCUGGAGCUGUACAAGAAAGCGCUCGCCUUCUGCAUCGCUUACCACGACCACGUGAAGGAACACGGCGAAACUGGCGCCGAUGACCUUCCGGCGACCCUGGAGGCCGGGAGCCCCGACCUGCUCAACGUGUACAAGCGCACCAUCGACCGGCUGCGGGAACGGGACGAGCAAAUUGCGGCAAUCAAGAAGCGCGAGGACAAAUCGAAGGAGGAGGAGCUGACGGCGACCAGGGGCGUCCUGAAGCUGCUGACGGCGAACGGGAUAAAACUGCAACCGAACCUCUACGAAAUACCGCAGUCGCAGAACGUCGUGUUCUACCAGGACAACGGGUGCCUGCACACGUCGUGCCUGCUGAUAUACGACGAGCUGGGCGUCACGGACUACAUCGAGAACUUCGACUACUCCACCACCGUGGGCGACCACCUGGACGUCAUGUUCCAGGACCAGCACGGCGAGAAGGCGUUCAAGCGGCACAACUCGAAGUGCUUCUACGAGACGGCGAGAGGCGACUACCACGAAUUCGGGACGCACGAGACCCUGGCCACCAUCAUCUACGUGACGAAGGUGGCCUACAGGGUCGCGCCUGUGCACGUGGUGCAUAAGGAUUUCGACAUUAAAACCCUGAUAAGUUAA